AUGAUUUGUUGCCUCCAGACUCUGCUGUUGUUGGGGGCUCCACUGGUUCUCUCAGGCAGGGUCCUGACUGCCCCCACAGCCCCAAACAAUUUCUUCUACCACAACUUCCUCAGUAGAAAUGGCAGCAAACAAAUUCAUUUCAGUGGUGUGAAGCUCCAUGUGGACUCUGCUCAGGCAUCAGCGUUUGCAGUCAGAGGGGGUAAUGUCACUCUGCCAUGCAGGUUUUGGUAUGAGCCUGAGUUGAGUUCACCAAGAGAGGUCAGGAUCAAGUGGUCCUGGCUCCCUGCUGCUGGGGGACAUGAGACAGACGUGCUGCUGGCGAUCAGCCCCCACAGUCGAAGCUUUGGGGAAUUCAGGGGUCGUGUGCAGCUCAGACAGGAUUUCCCAGGAGAUGCAGCACUGUUGAUGACUGAACUCCAGUUGAAUGACACGGGCCGUUACCACUGCGAAGUGGUGGACGGACUGGAGGACAAGAGCGUUUCAAUUGAUCUGGAGUUACGAGGUGUGGUGUUUCCCUACCAACACCCUCAUGGUCGUUACCACCUGAGCUUCCAGGGAGCCCAGCAGGUCUGUGAGGAGCAGGACUCCACACUGGCCACCUUCACACAGCUCUUCCAGUCCUGGAAGGAGGGCCUGAACUGGUGCAAUGCAGGCUGGCUGGCUGACGGAACAGUCCAGUACCCCAUCACCCAGCCCAGGGUGCCCUGCGGAGGGCACGGCCUCGCCCCAGGUGUUCGGAGCUAUGGCAGACGGCACCUGCACCUUCAUCGCUACGAUGUCUUCUGCUUCUCCUCUUCGCUCAGAGGGAGGGUUUACUAUCUUCAGCCCUCUCACAAGAUGAACCUGACUGAGGCUGAGCAGGCGUGUCAGCGGGACGGAGCAGAGAUCGCCAAAGUUGGACAGCUCUACGCUGCCUGGAAGUUCACAGGGUUGGACCACUGUGACGCCGGCUGGCUGGCUGAUGGAAGCGUUCGCUAUGCCAUCACCAGGCCACGCCAAAACUGUGGCCCCUCUGAACCAGGGGUCCGCAGCUUUGGCUUCCCGCCUCCACAACACAAGCAUGGAGUCUACUGCUACAAGUCAGAUUAUGAAUGA